AUGAUGGGCUUUCUGCGCCGGACGUUCAGCCGCCGCUCCAGGAGCCGCUUCCAGACGAGAGAGAGGGACGAACAGGACGGGAAAGGGGGAGGAGGAGGAGGAGAAGGAGGGGGUGGAGGGGUGGCCGGGAACCCCCUCCUGCUGGCCCAUCAGCAGCAGGUCGUCCAUGCCCCCGCUGUGGUCACCGGAGGGGCGUCGGUCCACAUCCCGGCGGGAGGGACCGCGAGGACCACCAUCACCUGCCGCGUGCUGCUGCUGGACGGCUCGGAUGUCAAUGUGGAUUUGCCUGUGAGUGCGCUGAAGCCUGUCCGCUGUGUUUACAGUGGCCGGCACAGUGUGUAAACAAAGUGCAUGGAGCAGCAGGACUAUAGGUGGUAGCGUAGGUCAGUGUGUGUCAAAGUGCGGUCCUGGGAUCCAUUUGAGGACAUUGAGGGGGUUUUGAAGGUCCAAGAGCACUACUGCCUGAAUAUGAUUGGCCACCUGUCAUUUAGGCUAUUAUCCAGCUGGACCUGGAGAUUUGUUUCUCAUUUAUGUUCAGCUUUUCAGGUCCAAAAUAAAAGCAGACAACUGAGUUCAUUUAAAGUUGAACCAAUCAUGUCUUGACUGGCACAAUUGUUCAAGUGAGUAGUUUCACAUUGAUUUAAGCAGAAGAAAAUAGCAGCAGCAUGUUUUGUUUUCAACCAAACUUUUCAAAACUUGCUGGUUCUCAUUUCUGAAGGGGGGGUCAUUUUUUGCAGUGAAUCAGUAAAACUCCAAUUUCUUGAGUUUUGGACUGACUGCAAAAAAUGAUCAACUUCAAGACCUCUUUAGAGAGCUGAAGCAGUGGAAAAUAAUCAAUCAUGCAGACCAUUUUAAGUUUGUAAACUGUUUUUCUAGAACGCGUUGAUCAGAUAAGUUUCCAGAGUUUCACCGACCGCCUGUGGAACCACACUUGUCUAUAUUGCAUGAGUGUGUAUUGCCGAGUGUGCCUCUCAGCGUAUAGUAAGAGAUGCUUCAGAUGGUGUUAUGGUCAGCCAAUCCAUCACAUCUCUUCCCCAUUCUGACUGCAGGGAAAUCUAAAUACAGACCUGAAGCUGCCCCCUCGUGUUUGCUCUCCCACAGCAUCUCCCUCUCACUUUCUUCUUCCCUCUAUUUUCCUGUAUCUGAUCCUCUGGCACCCCCCACCCCCCCUCCCCAAUCUCCUUCACACCCCCUCUGUGGCUAGCUCCCCUUGCUCAUCAUCUUACUCUUACACACUCCACUCCCCGUCUUUUCUUCUCCUCCCUUGCCCCCAGCAUCCAUCCUUCCAUCCAUCCAUCCAUCCAUCCCCGUCCUUCUCCCUCUGCUCCCUGACUCCCAGAUCUGAUUUUCCACUAUGGGGACUCUGUAUCACAGACAAGCACCACGAGCGUGCGAGGGGGCAGGUGGGCUGAUGAGCGAGUGUGUGGGCAUUUGUGCGUAAGUGCUCCUCGGAAAGAUGUUUUCAUUUCAAAGGUUGUGUGUGUGUGUCACUGAAGCUGUACCCUGCAUGCGUCACCUCCAGUCUGAGCGGAUACUGUGAACACAUUGUAGAGAGAGCAUGUCUCAAACCUACCCACAGGAGGAUUACAGCAACAACACACAGCUAGAGCUUCUUCUGAGGUGUUACCAUUUCAAUAAUGAAAUGACAAAAGGCUUGUCAGGCUGGCCGGCUUAGUCACAGGUGUGUGGGAACAAGUUUGUUCAUGUCAGGUGCACUGAACAGAGCGAAACUUGUCUAUUAAAGCUCAUUAGUCUGUCACUUCAGGCUGAGUGAAGACAAAACAAAUGGAAAAAAAACACACAGGAACAAUAUCAGCUCUCUGUGUUUGAUAGUGGCUAUGAUUGCCUGCUGCAGAACAAGCAAGAGCAUUCAGGUUGUUUUUUCUGUCCCCUGUCUCUUAAUACCCCUGAUUUCCUUGCUCAUUCAUACACACAACAGGAAGUUUAGAUGGGUUAUCAGGAUCCAAAGUACAAGGUUGUUAUCUUUCUACACACCCACUGUUUGUUAUAUGGGUCAGACUGGAGGGAGUUCUUCGCACAGGGUGUUAAGAAGGAUAAUGCUGAAGUUUGGGACAAAAUGUUGCUGUAGUCGCCGCACUUAAAUGCUGUGGAUCAUGUUCACAUUCUUUCUAUCACACAGAUAUAAACACCACUUUCAUAUUUGCAGCCAGUUUGCUCACGUCAUGAACAGCAUGCCUGUUUCCUGAUUGUUUUCAUUCUCUAUCUACAUGAUUCAAAGACACAAUCAGUCAAGGGAAGAUCCUGAUCCACAAUCCUGGAGCCUGACCAGUAUGUGGCAUUGCAUGAAGAUUAUACAAAGAAACCCAUCAGUCUGCUUUCUUUGACAACAACAGUGUUAUUGAAUACAAUACAAACAAUACAUUGAAACUGCUUGCAUAAAUCUGCUCAGCUCUGAUGCUGUGUUACAAGUACAACAGACAGUGCCAAGAGUAUAGUAAACAAUGGGGCUGGGGUGUUUUUUUCGGCAUAGGAGUGAUUCUGGAACAUUCUGAAUUAAACAAUUAGCAAAUGUACUUUUCAAAACAGCUUGAAACGUGAACUGAAAACCUAUUUUGACGUGCUAAUGACCCCUGACAGGGUGUUAUUUGAACUCACAUGAAGCUAAAACCUUUUGUCUUUUGUCUGAUCUUUUGUAGAGUAAAUCCAAAGGCCAGGACCUUUUCGAUCAGAUCAUGUAUCACAUCGAUCUGGUUGAGACAGACUACUUUGGGUUGCAGUACAUGGACACAGAACAAGUCUCAGUGAGUAACAAGCUUUUAAUUCCACAUCAGCAGGCUUUAAUCUAAUGCACCUCAUUUUCAUCCUAGUUGUCUUCUAUCUCUUAUAGCACUGGUUGGACAUGUCUAAGUUUAUAAAGAAACAGAUCAGAGGUAUGUUCAACUCACUCAUUUUCCAAUUAGGCUUGCUUUGUAAUGUGUUGUUGUGUUGUGAGCCGUAAAAUGUGCAGUGUAAUGUAUGUGCACGCAGAAGCAGGUGAGCGGGGAGCAGGUGCUGCAUUAUCCAUUGUUGACAUGGUGAUUAACAGGUGCAUUUAGGAGCCGUACCUUUGUUUGCUCACAACCUCCUAACAGGGGAAAGAAUGGAUGAAUUAAUGUCUUAUUUGUCUCCUGCUCCUUUUUUCAUUGAGUAGAUUAUGUAAAAGAAAGUCUGAUGGAUGUUGAAGUAAAACAGGAAAGAUUGGAAGAAGCAUGAAAGCAGGUUGAAUAAAGAUUUAUGACCUGCCUGGUAUAGAUAACUGGUAAAACAAGAAAUUAGAAAAGGUGGAUAAAAUAAUCCAGUUAAAUACGAUUUGAUUGAAAUGAUUUUGGGAACAUACUGCCUGAAUCUUCCUCCUGCAUUUGUGUCUUUUGGUGCUCUUAAAUCUCUGUUUCUGUUUCUUUUAGAUGGGCCUCCAUACAGACUGUUUUUCAGAGUAAAAUUUUACUCUUCGGAGCCAAACAACCUGCGUGAGGAAUUUACAAGGUAAAACCUCGCACACAGACACACACACAUGCACAUGCACACUAAGUGCAAUACACAUGGUUUUCUCAGAAGCCUUGUGCCGAGGUCCGAGGGGGAUGUGAGGCUAAUUACUUUGCUGCUGUGGGCAGAUUCAAAUCAAGGCCAAAUGGACAGAGACUUGUUAAAACAAAUUAUGUGCCAGAGAUGAGGAUAAGCCAAAGAUACUUCAAUUGAUUUAUGCUCUGCCUCUUACUUUUUUUUAAACCAACAGGUAUCUAUUUGUGUUGCAGCUACGACAAGACAUUCUGUCUGGCAAGUAAGUCCUCCUAUUAAUUUACUUUGAACUGACGUGUGUAAAUUAUUGCUAAAUACAACCGCAGACACGUGUACAUGGAAAAACAAGGGCGCUGUUAGACUUUUGAACAGAGGAGGACCAACUGAGACACUAGCUUAUGCAGGAGUGGCAUGAAGUAUGUAUGCACUCUCAAGAAUAAAUAGCAUAAUCAUGUCUUAUCAUCUCUUCUAAAAAUAUCUUCCUUAAAAAGUAAUGCAAGAAAGUUGCUGCAUCCAAAUCUGCUAAUCUUGUUUUUUUUAAUCAGGACCUAAAAUGCCUGAAGUCACGAGUUAAAGUGCAAACUCACAUAAACAAAUGUGCUUCAGUGGGAUGCAAAGUAAGUUACUGGCAGCCUGGUGCAACACAAGCCAAAAAGUUGGUUUUAACAGGAGUCAGUCCUUUGAUGAGUCAAAUAGAUGAUAAUAGUUAAGGAUCUUUUGCAGUCACAUGGGGUCAAAUUUCAGGGGGGCACCCAUAGCCACCUCUUUUGUCCACCCCUGCUAGGGAAAAAAACACAAAAGACAGAAAACUUCACAUAGCAACCAGGAUAAAAACUAUUUUGAUAGUAAAAAAUUUGCAUGGUAGUUGAUGCUGGAACCUGGUUUAGUUCAGUGGUGAAAUCAAACCCCAUACACAGAGACUAUAGACCUUUAAGUGGGGGGGCGCUGGUUCAAGACUGACACUUCUAUUGCCACAUGUCAUUCCGUGCUCUAUUCCUUACACCGUCUUUUGAAUGGAGGCAUAAAAGCCCCCCAAUCAUCAUGUCAUGUUACAUACAGUAUAUCAUGUUCUGUUUUGUAAAUAUACCUUGAGCUAGCUUGUAUAUAAACUAUGACAUUCACAGUUAGAUUAAACAAAAUACUGAGUCUUGGCCUCAAAUAUUUCCUCGGGUUACUAAAAACAAAACAAGAGCAGCAAUCACAUCAAACAGACUAAUAUUCGCACAUUACAAACAUAUAAAAAAUAGCAAAUAUACAAAAGACAACUCUGGCUGAAAGUUAAAUUGAAUAUUAUAUAUGAUAUGUUCUAUUAAAUAAACAGACUUAUGAAUAAUGAAUAAAUGUAAAACUCUGUAAUUUUCAGGGGUUAAAAUACAUCCCUUUCAAGUUCAUAAGCUUUGAUCAACAUGCUCAGAUCUAACCUUAACUUAAUUGAAAAAGAAAAAGACUUUACUGACAAAGUUCUCUCUGUGUAAAGGUGAAAUGCUGUAAGUCCUUCCUUAAGUUGUGUAGACAAAGUGUUAAACUGAUGAUAAACAAACCUACCUUUGCACAGGUCACAUACAGUAGAGUUCGGGGGACUUGUGUUGAGUGGAGCUUUUUGUCAAAUAAACACAAACCUGUGUGCACAAGCUCACACUCAGACAGUGUGUUACCCUCUCUCUCUUCACGGCUCUAUCUGGGCCACGGAUCCCCUGAGUCCAGCUCUAUUAUAAAGCUCAAGAUCAGGAACAAGAGAGGGCUGCUUAUUUUAGGAAAAGGGUUGCUCCUCUCCUCCUUGACACACUCACACACACACACACACACACACAUACAGACACACACACACACAUAUACAGACACACACACAUAUACAGACACACAAACACACACUACUUUAAUGUCUUUCCAACACAUUUAUGAAUGCAGCUCACCACCUGUGUCUCUUUUCCUUUGAUCAGGUUGAAAUGUCCGUAUGAUGUCUCAGUGGAGCUGGGGGCAUACUGUUUACAAAGUGAGUAGACUUGUCAUAUUCAUUUCUUGUCACCGAGUACAUUUUGUUUUUGCUAAUGCUGAUAAAACACAUUUCUUUCACAUCACCAAGAACUGAUUCGAAAGUAUUUGAUUGGGUUUUGAUGUGUUGGGGGGCCAUUUAUGCUGCGAUUUGAAUUUCAACAUCCAGAUAUAAGGAUGGGACCUUUUUUCCUCCUCUUGUCAAUGUUAUUAUCUUUUUCAAGUGCAGAAACUCAAAAGGGUCAUGUCAGAUGAAGCCUGAUCAUCAGCACACUGCUGAACUGCUUUAAAGAGCUUUUUACUGACUCAUGUUAAGAGAUAUGAUUGAAAGUUCAGAGGAGGCAGAAUGAGGUUCUGCGUCAGAAAACAUCACUUAUGAGUGUCAAGAAUACGGAAAUCAGGAAAGAGAUAAAAUGCAAAUGCACGUUCGGAAUAAUAGCCUCAAAAGUUGAAGUGGCCCCGAAUGCACCGCCGCUAUCGGUUAUUGCUCCUAAAAUGAAACCAAUUAAAACUCUUAGAAGGUCUCUUGCUGUGUAACCCAACUGCUUUUUAGUGCGGUAUUUGAUGAUCACAUAAUAUGGUACAGCUCUCAACACAUACCGACAAAAUUUAAUAUGGCCUCAAUGGCAGAAACUUUCAAGUGAUGGAUCAUUGUAAAUGACACUAUAAAAGUUAGUCAUGUACAGUGAGUCAUGCAGUUCAAUUGUCCAGGUAAUUUGAGUGACAAUUCUAUUGGAUACAAUAUGAUAUAAUAAGAUCCAGUGUAGUUCAACAGGGAUUAAAACAAUACAAUACAUACAAUACAAUACAGUACAACAUAAUACAAUACAAUACAAUACAACACAACAUAAUACAAUACAAUACAAUACAACAUAAUACAAUACAAUACAGUAUGUUACAAUACUAAAGAUACGUUAUGAUACAAUACCAUACAAUAUGAUACAAUACAAUAUGUUAUGAUACCUUACAAUAUAUUAUGAUACUAAUGAUACCUUAUGAUACAAUACUAUACAAUACCGUACAAUACAAUACGUUUCGAUAUGAUAAACACAUUAUGAUCUAAUAUGAUCUGGUAAGAUCUGAUAUCAUAUAUGAUUUUAUAUGAUUUGAUCUGAUAUAUGAUAUAAUAUGAUAUAUGAUAUGAUAUGAUAUGAAAUGAAGUGAUAUGCUAUGAUAUGAUAUGAUAUGAAAUGAAGUGAUAUGAUAUGAUAUGAUAUGAUAUGAUAUUCUCUGUUUAGCUGGUAGGAUAAUUUGUCUUUUAUUCAAGAUUGGCACAUAUUAAGCUGCCUCCACAUUAUUGUCUAUAAUUAAAAAAAAAAUCGUGCAAACUCUCAUGUGAACUGAGAAGCAUAUCAUAUAUUGAUGGCAUUCACUAACAACAUACAGUAUACUGCACAUUCACCAUAUCAGACAUCUUCAGAAUAAAACAUAAGUGAAAAUGAUGAGAACACUUGGACACUAUUACACAACCCAUGAGGCCUUGAGAAAGAUUGAAAUUUUGAUUGAUCUGGGCUCAAGUGAACUUAAAACAGACCAGAUGAGGGACACUGUAUUAUCUGCCAGCUGAUAGCUCAGGCUCGGAGUGGAGGCCAUGAGAUGUGUCAGACCACUCUACACUUGCCUGAGAGCAAACUGCCCGUAUAUUGACUGGAAAGAGAGGUUUUCAUUCCUCCCUAUAACCUUUAUGGCAAUCUGAACCAGAUGAGUAAGAUUACAUUUUAACUGUGCAGAGAGGCCACCAUAACGUGCUGACUUCCCAUUCCAACACAACCUGGUCCUUUGAACCACUCGACAUGUUUGGGUCACUUACAUUGGCUUGCAGCUGCUCCAUCUGUUUCAUGUCUGCAUCACUUUUUCCUAAAUUGCUUGUCCUGUACUUAGGUGAAUUGGGCGACUGUGACCCCUUGGAGCACUCUCCUGUUCUGGUAUCAGAGUUUCGUUUCACUCCCAAACAGAGUGAGGCCAUGGAGGCGGACAUCUUUAGCAGGUGGAUGGAGCUGAGGUGAGUUUGAUGGAUUUAAUGAAUUCAGUGACAGGUCGCUGCUAUAACAUUUCAAACUGGAGAAAUUGUACCACUAAAAGGCACAUCAACAUUUUGACUUGUACGCUUGGUGGGGGGUGAGUAGAGAUUUGGACAGAGUAGGCUGAUUUUCUCAGUGGAUACGAUUUAGGGCAAAAACAGAAGAGCACAGAGGAGAGUUAGUCAUCCUGCCACUGAUUUCCCAUGCUAGCAUACCCCCUGAUGAGGGCGUCUACAUUUCACUCUCCUCCCUCCCCGCCUCCUCCGCCUCAGCCCCACUCUCACCGGCCUGCAUGAAGGAUUAAGGGAUUUAUCCCUGGAGGGUCUUGAUUGAUUCCGAGCAGUAUUUAACCCAGCCACAGUCCGACUGCUCCCGUCUCGGAUUAGAUUAUGCACACAUAUGCUGCACUUCACCGGGAUGACCGAGCCACACAAGGACACACCCAUGCUGAGUUCACCGCCAUCCUUACACAGAAAAGGUCUGAAUCAGGAAAAGUCAAAAACUCAGCGUGUAUCUCAGAGAUAACACCUCUGACCAGGGGAGAUCACAAAAUGUCAUGUGUCGUGAAUGUAUGUCUUAGUCACAGAGUCAGAGGCGAGGUGACGGAGGGGGUGAUGUUUGUGUCAUGAAAACUCAUCAUGGUGUGUUAUUUUAAAAUCCACAGGGGACAGAGCCCAUCUCAAGCUGAGAUCUCAUUCCUCAACAAGUGCAAGUGGCUGGAGCUUUAUGGAGUGGAUAUGCACUUUGUAAAGGUGUGUUUGUGUUUUAUGACCUGAAGAAUCACUGCAUUUCCGGUCUGUUUGAGAGCUUAUCAUUGGUGUUGUGUCUUCAGGGCAGAGAUGGGGGAGAAUACGCACUAGGUCUCACUCCCACUGGCAUCUUAGUGUUCGAAGGCUCUAACAAAAUCGGCCUCUUUUUCUGGUAAGUGCAAUGAAUGUGUCUUUAGUUCAUAUGUAACCUUCAUUGAAAUUCACCUGCCAACAAGCUUUUAGGUUGUGUGAAUCAUGAGGACAGAACAGUACAACUCAAGAAAGAGUUUUAUUAGAUGGAACAGUCUUUAUCUAAACCAAGAUGAGCAAGAUGAGUCAUCAGCACUGUUAUGCUUUUAGAGAAAUGGAAAGUUUUAAGACAUCAUCCAGAUUACCUUAAAAAACCUUUUUUACAAUGUUGAGUAUGAGUUGAGUAUGUGACACAAAAAACCCCAGACACAUCACAUACUGAUUUCAAAAGGAGACAAACCAGUUGUUUUUAAAAGUGUAUUUUUAUAUUGUAGUACUGAGGCGCUCUCCAUUCGACAAGAUAACGUCUCUGCUGCAGCUCAAACCAAACCCGCACAGAUACAUAACCAAGUUACAAACACAUCUCCACUCACAAAGGAGACACCAAAAGCUCAGUGAUAAUUAAAGAUGGACGAUACAACAAAAAAAGAGAUAAUUACUCACAAUAGAGCAAAGUAAAAUAUGACAUUUAUGUACUUGUUGAUGGGGCACCACCUACCUUUAAUGGUGGGAGAAUGAAAGAAAAACAAAUGUUGAUUCAAAAAUCAAACACAAAGUCUAUCUUAAAUCAAUUUUAAAUCAAUCUCAUAUCUCAAGCCAGAAUUCUCAUUUUAGGGACUCCACUUCUGGAAAAACCCUAACAGACAAAAACUUCGAAAAAUGAAUAUUACAGGAUAAAUAAUGGUACAACAUACAUGCAAUAAAUGAGGAUAAGAUAAUGGGGAUAACUCAUGAUGGAUAAAUGAAAGAUUAUGAGUCAGGCUUUGAUCAAUAAAGUUUAUGAUAGUGAGUGAAUAUGCUCUGACUUGUUAACCGACAUUAACUCCGGUGUAGAAAUACAUUUAGAUGAAUUUAAGAUUACUCCAAUUAGUGAUUGUUUGAAUCAUGAAAUCAUGAGACAGCAUCAGCCCCUGUUUGGAGCUCUGGAGGUUUGCAUACUUAAGUGAGGCUGGUCCUAGGAGAGGAUGUAGCAGGUUUUCAAAAGGUCCAGGCUACCGGCGGUUUGUGAGGUUCAGCUCAGCAGAAGACCGAAGUCAGACAAAAGAUGGUCCAGGGGUCACAGAACACAGGCCUGAGUGCAAAACCACAGCAAAACUCUGGCUCAGAGGAUGACAUCGCUGUAUGGCAUUCAGAGGCAACUCUGAAAUUCUAAGAUAACUAAGAAAAAGAAGCUCAAUGGUCAGUCUAUACUAGAUCAAAAAUGACUUUAAAGAAAUUCAAGAAAUAUAAGUCACAGACUUAAUCUUGGUUUGCUAUGCAUGCUAAAAUUGUUGAAGUUUUAAAACUUAAACAUAGACCAUGAAGAGUGUAAGAGCACAAAGAGGACGAUAAAGAGAAUACAAAAGAGUAAGAGGAAGCAAGAGUAAGAGAGCAAGAAUCCCAACUAUACUGGUUUUACGUUCUUCAAACUGGGAGUGUCUCUGGGGUGUGUGUGUGUGUGUGUGUGUGUGUGUGUGUGUGUGUGUGUGUGUGUGUGUGUGUGUGUGUGUGUGUGUGUGUGUGUGUGUGUGUUAGCAGAGAGUGGAGGGGUCUCUGGUCUCCUGCUGCAGUUUUUGUAGAGGAGACCUUCAGGAUCUCUGAGUAUUUGAUCUAACUUAUAUUUUUGUUUGGUAAAGGAAUCAGAUCAAAUACUCACUCACUGUGAUUAAUGUUAUUGAAUGCUUUGUUCAUAAUAAAUGAUUUGAUCUUAAACACCUAUAAAGAAGUGUAGAAUAACAUUAAACAUUCUCAUUAUGUAAUAAGUAUCACUUUUAAAAGAGUAUUAAUCAUGUUAAAUUUCUCUAAACGGAAACAGAAAGUAACACUGAGAAACUGUAAACAACAAAAGAGUAAUCCCACAUGUAAAUGUACUUCAUUAUGAUUCAUAAUGGAUUCAAGCUGAGGGUUGAAUUAAAACACAAGUUGGUAUUGUAACCUCGUACAUUUUAAAACCAUUGUUGCAAAUCAUCUCACUUGUCUGCUAGUUUUAUGCUCAGGUACUGAUGUAGAAUCCCUGAAUCGUGUGUCUCUUUGCUUCUUUCAGGCCUAAAAUCACUCGGCUUGACUUUAAAAAGAGUCGACUCACAUUAGUCGUGGUAGAAGAUGAUGAUCAGGUUUGUUCUGUCUACGCAAACUUAUGUCUGCACUUACAUGUAAACACACUUCAGGUGGCUAACAGGUUGUUUCUUGACCACACAGGGUCGGGAGCAAGAGCACACGUUUAUGUUCCAGCUGGCCAGCGCCAAGAGCUGCAAACACCUGUGGAAGUGCGCCGUGGAGAGCCAUGCCUUCUUCCGGUUACGUCAGCCAACCACAGGGAAGGCGGGCCGCAGCGACUUCACACGGCUUGGGUCCCGCUUCAGGUUCAGGUAGAGCUUCUGUUUUUUUUAUUUUUGUCUUGUCAUGCAUUUAUUGAGCGAGCGCAUCAGUGUAUAGAAGUGGGUAAUAGAGGGGGCUGACAUGUGGCUUAGGGCUAAGGGUUGUAAUGGAACAGUGGGCAGCCAAUCACAGCUACAGCCCCUCGACUUGGAACACAUGACUGAGCUGCUUAGCUGAAAAGGAGCACAUGAAGAAGACCACUUUCACAGACUCACCCUAAGUUAAGUGUGGAGUGUCUUGUGCUGAAACUUUACUGAAAAAAUAAAUAAAUAUAAGUUUGUGGAUUGGACCUACGCAGGGGGGAAAGUGUGUCACAUAUAACGUUGCCCUUCUAUCUGUGGAUACAGUGUAUCUAUGGUUACAUGGGUCUGUUCCUAUGACAACUAAAAUAAGCCCUUUAUAUAGUUUUUUUUAACCUCUGAUGAUUAUCAGAGACGGCCGAAGAAAAUUCUCACACAUGAUGGGCUCGUCCUGCCAUUUGUCAGAGCAGCGGGGCUAAAGCACGAGGAGAAACUAAAAACAGGAGCAACUUGAAAUUUUUGAAUUAAAAAGAAAGCUGUUUUUUUUUUUUUUUUUUUUUACUUCUCUUAAAUUCGUGUUUCUUUCAUUUUUCUAUUUGUGCAGAACAAACUCAGAAAACCAAUUAGCUUCAACAUUGAAAGGAAGAUUACAUUUUUUCAGGUUUAAUUUUCUGGCACUGAUCAAAAUUCACAAACAAAUGAGCAAAUGUCUAUAAAACGAGGAUUUUUCAAAGGCUGCAGGUGGGACUGAAUUUUUAUGUGUGUCUUUUUUAGCGGUAAGACAGAGUAUCAAGCCACUCACGGAGGCCGACUGAGGAGAGCAAGCACAUUUGAGAGAAGGCCGAGCAAGAGAUAUCCCUCCCGCACACAGUCACUGGGCAAAGGUGGGUCUUAUCAGCACAUUGUACCUGUCACCUCCUUAGUGCCCCUGGGUGUGAUAGGCCAUGUACUACUCAAAUUGACUGUGAUUAAAACACUGAAAUUUUCCAUCCAAAGAGACCAUUGAUCGUAUUAUUUGAACAAAAGACCUGUAGUCACGACCUGGAAGAUUAAAAGCCAUUUCAGACACUUUUUAUCUAAAAAAUAUGAGAGUUUAGCAGCAUAAGGUUCAGAAAAAUUAUAAAGCUCCAUUUCCUCAUACAAAAAAGAGAUCCUGGUUGUUCCACUUAAGUGUCACCUUUCUGCUUUGUCAAAGGCACCUGCAGCACUCUCCACUCCUCCACACUUCCCACCCUCUGUGAGCCGCAGCAGCUUCACAGGCCCGCAAGCCUCUGUCUCUCCAUAAUCUAUUAUACAUGAAUGAUCAAGUGCAGACUGAACACUGUAUUUACUUCAGAGCCGUCAGUGCAGACAUGCACGCACCUUUUAUACCUUUUAUAUGUUGGAUGGUUUGUCACUGAGCCCUGUAACAAAAGACUGAAUGAAUGUUUUAGUCUGAGCCCAAACGUCUGGGCUGAAAAACACAUUAAUCUAACAUAACCCUUUGAAAACGCAGAUAAAUUAAGGUGAAAUGACAUAAUUGCUUCUUAUGUUCUACAAGUCUGUAACUGAUUUCGUCCUUGUUUUGCCAGUUCACAUUUCUCCCGCCAAGCCGCCGCACAUAAGGUAAAAUCAACACACAACACACACCAUAAUAGACAUACUACAUACAAAAGCAUUUAUUUGAUUGUGUUUGUAUGAGUGUGGUUGGAUGAGUUCAUCAUCUCAUGGAAGAGAUUUUAGGUAAAAAAAAAAAAAACUCUCUUUAUUUAAUCUCCCAUGGUCCUUUGCCAGAUAUGAGCAAUUGUGGUUUUACCAGUGGAUUUAAUGGGCUUGAUUUGACUUGAUUUGUUUGUGACAAAUUCAGAACUGGUUAGAAACAGAGCAGGGCUUUGUACCAUUUGAUCUCCCGCUGAAAUAACAGAUAGUGAAAAAUAAAGGGCCUAUAUAAUCUGCUUAAUAAAACUAAAACCUAAAAAUCCUUUGAGAAAAGUAAAAAUUCAUUCCUGAAAAAGCUUAAAUAAAUAAAUGUUAUCUGCCGUUCUUUCUGAUCCACUAUCACUGACUAUUUUCAUUAUUUUCUAAAUCUCACGCCAGCCCUGAUCCCAGCCUGCAUCCAGUAAGUGACCUCAAAUAAACCUUACAGACACACAUGCACAAGCACAUGCUGCAGCUGCUGAUCUGGCUCCAGCUCUCUGACAACAUUUAAUUUCAGCGUCUUUUCAAUCCAUCCUCUCUCCUCCCCUUUAGUACCAGCACAACAUUCCCAUUGGUCACGAGCCGUGGCACUCGCCCCACCCCGCUCUUACACCUCCAUUGUACCUGCAGCCCUCCGCGCACACGUCGCCACACAGGUAAGACAAAUAACAGGACAACUGACGGUCUUUUGGUUCAGCCACUCAUCGUUUGUUCCAUUUUUACUGCUCCACAUCAUUUGUUUUUCAUCACAUGUAAUGUCACUCAGAAACCUCAUCUGUGUGUCUCGUCUGCCUCAAUGCUUGUUUGUGUGUGCGUGCAUGUGUGUGUGUGUGUGUGUGUGUGGGAUCCUCAUCUCUCCAUCAUGUUCAGGCCUUCUGUCGUGGCAGCGGGCCCCAUAUCCAGUCAUCCCUCCACCCCUGAGCGAACCAGCGGCACCUUCCCGGGAUCCAUCAGUGUGGUUUACAGGGAUAAGGUCAUGACUGCACUCUGACCUCUGUUUGAAUCUACUAAAGCCUGACUCUUGACUCUGAGAUUUAACACAGACUGGUGUCCCAAAGGUGGAAGCUCUGCUGAUGAACUCAAAAAAGGAAAAAUGCUGUGCUCAUUGUCCUAAUUACCUCUGUCAUCUUCCAUUUGUCACAUCCCCUCAUGUGUUUCAGUGUACACCUUUAUGACAUGCUUCAAAAAGUGACUUUCAGUCCUUCACAGGGGGCCGGGGGAAUGAUAAAGGGCGGCACAAAGGGGGAGAUGAGGGAAGAGAUACCACAUCGAGUGAAAGGGACAGUAGUGUAACAACAGUCUGAAAUAACAGUAUGUUAGUUUCUGUUAGCUUAUGGUUAGAUGUUAGCCGUAACGGUGAUUCAGCUAGAAUGUAAAGCAGAUGAAAGUAAUAGAGAAACAUGCGUCCCUCUGUGUUUCUCUUGCAGAUGACCUUUUUCACAGACAUGAUAAAAACUAUCCCCAGAUUGAGUGUGAUUUACAAUCUGCUGUAAUAAUGCACUUAUCAGUCAAUUCAGUGACUUACGAGUGCAUUAUUAUUUUCACACGUCCAUGUAGUUCAAACACACAACACUACUUAGAAAUCCGUGAUGGAAAAUGUUUUACUGAGGAAUCUGCCUGAGAACUGUCACGUUUUUGUUUCGUCUUCUGUAACAAAGCAAGCGGGAUAAAAACGGUCUGUACAUCUUUAAGUAAAAAGCAAACUCAACAACUCUUCUGUUUGCUACAUGCCAUAAACUCAGACUGAUAUUCACCCUAAAACACCACUACAUGAUGAAGUUUGGUUUCUUCAUUUAGGUGAACAUUUUUGUCAUCGUAUUUAGCGUUUGAGUCCCUCUUCUCUGAGUUCUUCUGAAAGCUAAUAUAUCCAAAUCGCUUUCAUCUGGGUGAGAUAAAGUGAUUCGAGCGAGCGAGGUAAUUCUCAGCAGGUGGAAGGAAUAUAUUGCAUGCUGGUUUAGGGAUUAAGCUGCUUUGAGAUGUGUAUAGCAUAUCGUUCUGUGUGAAAUGGAGGCGUGAACUAAAAUCCUGCAUCUGUGUUGUUGUCCUUUUAAAAAGUAAGGAUUUAGAGUGAACACAUUGUAGGUUAUUAAGAUUGUAAUCCAGCGUUUACAGAAAAUGUGGCCAAUGUUUUUGUCUCAUUGUGUAUUGCCUUUUACUCUGUAAUCUCUACUUGAAUCACACUUUGCCUAGGAAUUUUGCCAUAUUACCUUGCGAAUAAACAUCAUGUUUAUUAAUGCAAAAUGUAUAAAAAUCUGUCCUCUUUAAAUUCAAGCUCAGGCAAUCGAUUGGCGUUUUAUUCUGCAGUGGGAAUUUUUGCUUUAGAGAAUGUGUAAAAAUAAAACCUGGAGUCAUAAAGCUGCAAUAAUCAGGAGCCAAGAAAUAUCGAGCUAAUGGGAUUAUCAUGGUGUGAGAGAGCAGGUUCAAUUACUUUUUUGUUCAGGGGAGUUUGUUUUGAUUGCAUAUCAUCUUCAGUUUCCCUUUGAGCGGUCCUGCUUCAGACCACCAGAUCAGCGUGGAAGAGAAUGAGACUUCGUAUUCCAGCAAGAUCCACUACCAUCACCGACGCCACACACACAGCCAGGACACGCUUUGCCACACGCACACACACAAGAACAGUGAGUAACCCCAGUGUCUGUGAACUCAUCUCUGACAUGACUGUGCAGUGUGCUGAUUCUCUUAAUUCACUCAUGUAUGAUGUGUGUCGGUCAGCAUCAACCAAAUCAAACACAAACUACCCAUAUAUACUCUGAAACAGCUGCACCACAGUGUCUGUAAACUCGUGUCAGGGCAUGAUGACUGGCUUGGAUACCUCUGUCAAACCUGUGUUCAUUUCAGCAUGAAGAAUCAGGUUUAUGUUUGGUACCUUAUAAUGUAUUUUUGCCGUGCUGUAGCGAAGGAUUAGAUGAACAAAUAGGGAAUUAUAAGGAUGAAAAGGCUGCAACUCCAGAUACACACCUCAUAAUCAGUCCUGAGACUACCUGAAGCCACAAAUUAGCUAUUUAAGAUCAACUUAAAUAGAUACUUGAGUAAUCACAAACCUUUAACAGAGUGAUAUCUUUGCCAUUCAUAGAAUUAGUUCAAUUCAGGCAGAUUUUUGUUUGACGUGCCUUCAACAAUAGGCACAACAGGAUAGAGAAUAUUGUUUAAUUUGUUUUAUGAUAUUUGAUCAUUGUCUAAAGUGGAUGUAAAAGAUUUGAACACUAAGCUGUGUGUAUUCCCAGAACAAACUUAAUCUUAGUCAUCUUCAUUGUAGGUUUAUUCUUGUUCCUCUGGGGUUUAAAGGGAAAUAAUAAUAAGCUUUGGGAUUUGGAUAAUCCACCCUUUUUUAAAUGAUCUUUCUCAAUGUAGGUUUUCUUUCUGUGCAAAAAUGACAGUAAAAAGUAGCUUGUGUGGGUGAAAAUCUGCAUCAUUUAGCAUAUUAAUACAGGUCACAGUUUUGAUCCAACAUCCACCUGUUCGUUAAAUAACCUUUGGUGGCAAACAGAUUUUAAAAUUUUGAUAAUUCACAUGCUGCAAACCUUUCCCCAAACUCUUUGUGUAUGUCAGAGUGUCGAGCCCCUCCGUGCCCUGCAGAUGGGUUGGACAUCUCUCAGUCUCUGCUCAAGGCUCUGGAGUCAGAAAGGGAUUCUGCCCCUUGGCCUUCUCUGCACAUCAACAUGGACAACAAGGUCAAAGACAUUCCCUGUACGCUUGUUUUCCCAUAUUGCUCACAAUAAAGACUUGCCCCAGUUUCUUAACCUUCUUUCCUCCUCUGUUCUACUGCCAGGGAGAGGAGAAGCAGCUGUCAGAAAAGUCUUUACACCCUCCUGCGUCUCCAGCAAUACACCCUGACCAUGUUAAGUGUAACAUCCUCAAAGCCCAGAUGGAGGCAGCUUUCAGGGUGAGUACCAAACUUUCACCUCGCUUUCUUACACUUGUGGAGUAAGACUAACAGCUGUGUCCGUCUCUCCUAUGGCACAAAGAAGGAAGCUCCAACAACUCCUAGAGGGAAGAACUCAAACCAGACCCUCAAUGACAGGUCAGUUCCCUCAUCCUAUCUACACUUUCUAAUUCAAGUCUCCGCGUCUGCUUUUGAAAACAAACCCCCUAUUUUUUAAACUCUGGUUUUCAGGUAUCAGAGCUCAUCCCAAGACUCGGCUGCAUCCAGUCUAACAGCAGACAAAACGCCUCAUCGACUAGAACGAAACCUGACGCCGGACUCCCUGCUGUCAAAAUCCAACACAAGCACCGCCCGCAGAAAACGACUAGUCAGACAGUUCAGCUUGUGAGUACACACCAGCUAUGAUUACUGCGCUCUGAGUGGGGAACUGCACUCUGGGAACAGAUGAUUAAUGCAGAAGAAUGCUAUCUCCGCUUUGACAUUUUGCACAGAGCAGGCUGCAGGUUGUGUAAGUCUCUCUCAAUUUCUUGCUCAUCAGCAACCAUGAGGAUGAGGAUAACCUCCCAGAAGCACUUGCAGCCAUCUCCUCCCAGAGUACAAUGAAGUCUGGAUCUACGAGCUCACUGGACAAACAGAUACAGCCGUCCAUAUAUCCACAGGUAGCACACACUCUUGUACGACAGAAUAAAGAACGCAUGUUUGUUUGAUGCACAACAUGACACCUCUGCGGCAUUAGUUUAGCCUCUAUGCCUCACUUUUAAAUACACAAAAGGAAUGUGUGUCUGUCUGUGUUCGUGUGUGUGUGUGUGUAUACACUGAUGUGUGUUCUAGGUGGAUAACAUGCCAGCCCUGGAGCUGGGUGGUCCAUGCUGUCCCUCUCCUUCGCCCUCUCCCCACCUCUCUCCUUCUUACUAUCGUAGCUCCAUCCCUCACCUGGUCCCUUACCUUGCUGCACAUAAUGACAGGUAACACCGCUCACACUCCAUGUUCACCCUGGUCACUCUUAAAGGGAUAAUCCGGCGUAAAAUUAAUUUAGGGUCGAACAUUUAUGAUCAUUACUUUAUCAUUUCCUUGAAGUAAUAAUCACCAUAUUAAUCAUUUUGCACUGCAGACGCUGUAGUUCUUCUGCCUUAGCGUCUCGGUCUGAUUGCAUUUCCGUGAAGAAAUGUUCAUAAAUGUUCUUCCUUGAGCUGCGUCUCCCCGCUGUAGUCCGUAAAGGAUUGGCCUGAGGUCUCACUACAAACAAGCGGCUGCUGGAAGAGAGUAGGUGAGUUGUGUUUAGUCUCUUUGCUAAAGAAACCAGGCAAAGUUAAAAAGAUGUUUGCUGACUAGUGCUAUGGCUGAGACCCUAUAUGUCCUGUUGUUGAAGUUAGGUGCUGUUCUGAGCAUUAUUACUGGCUAUACAGUGGUGUUUUGGUUGAGGUUUGUUUAUGGCUCCUCAGAUCACUGUGUAUUGCUAUCGUGCGGUCUUUACUAAAGUUGGUAUAACUAGAGAAGCAAGCGGUCAGCAACAUUAAUCUCUCGAGGGGGUGUCUAACUCGGUGUUAUGGUGUGUUUGACCCUAAAUUAAUUUUACGCUGGAAUAUCCCUUUAAACUUGCUCAAGCUUCCCCUCAAUAGUCUUGCAAACUUUUUAAAACUUCUACGCAAGAGUUUUGGGGAAUCCUGUGUGAAGAUAAACAUAAAAAUAGGAGUUUAUCUUUUAGAGUGUCACAAUUUUACUGCGGAAAAAUCAAUCGUUCUUGGACAAAAUGUUAUCUCUCUGUGUUUUCAGUGGAGAGGAGAUGAGGUUGGACAGAGAGAAGAUACUGAGAGCCCUCCUGAUGACAGAGCUCUGA